CCCUCUGUCCACUUGCCCCUCAGCUUCCAGACUAUUGUUGUGAUAGUACUCAAGUUUAGAUCGUAAAAACACCAGAUAUCUGCUACGUCUUGCUGCUUGGGCUGCUGCUGUUGUUGAAAUGGGCUUCACAGACUUGUUGGACAAGGUUGGUGGGUUCGGAAGGUACCAGUGGCUCCACGUGACCCUGAUUAGUUUACCUGGUUUACUGAUGGCCAGUCAGAACCUGCUGAACAACUUUGUCUCUGGAGUCCCCUCCCACCGCUGCAGUCUACCAUUCAAUCAGAGCAUUUACAACCUGUCGCUCAUCUACCAGGUGGACAAGCAGCAACUGCUUAAAGUUUUUAUUCCUCCAGACUCAUCAGGAAAUAAACUGGACCGCUGCAGGAGGUAUGUGCAGCCUCAGUGGCACUUGUUAGCCCCAAACAGCUCAGCCAAUAUUAGCCAUCUACAGACCGAAGGAUGUGUGGAUGGAUGGACCUUUGACCAAUCAGAGUUUUCUACCACCACCGUCUCUGAGUGGGGCCUGGUGUGUUCCCGGCGUCCUCUCAAACAGAUGAUUCAGAGUACUUAUAUGGGCGGAGUUUUAACAGGUUCCAUCAUCUUUGGCAGCCUGUCGGACAGGUUUGGGAGGAAGUCUGUCCUUAUUUGGUCAUACCUGCAACUAGGUGUGCUUGGCUGUAGCUCCGCCCUCUCACCUUCAUACUCUGCCUACUGUGUUUUUAGAUUUCUGAGUGGGAUGGCAGUGUCUGGGAUCAUUCUUAAUGGAGUCUCGCUGAAGGUGGAGUGGAUACCAACCAAAUCAAGGACAUUAGUGGGCACGCUCACUUCCUUCUUCUUCACCUUUGGUCAGAUGAUCUUGGCAGGGCUUGCCUAUUGGCUGAGAGACUGGCGGAAGCUGCAGGUGUUUGUUUGUGCUCCCCACUUCCUGUUCUUCACCUACAGCUGGUGGUAUGCAGAGUCAGCUCGUUGGUUGGUGCUGAACCGUCGGUCAGACGAGGCACUGACAAGUCUUCACAGAGUUGCUCGAAUCAAUGGAAAAGCAGAGAUUAAGGACGAGCUCACUCUUGAUAUACUCCACUUUCACAUGAGUAAAGAGAUUGAGUCGAGUGGUUCAACGUUCACAGCAUUUGACCUGCUAAAAACCAGACGGAUACGACGCAUCUCCAUCUGUCUGGUCGCAGUAUGGUUUGCCACCAGUUUUGCAUAUUAUGGUCUGGCGAUGGAUCUUCAGAAGUUUGGGGUGAGUAUUUACCUGAUGCAGAUCAUCUUUGCAGCUGUUGAUGUUCCUGCCAAGUUUUUUGCUUUGGGCAUGCUAAGUUACCUGGGGAGGCGGGUAUCUCAGGUGUCCUGUCUUUUCCUGUCAGCUGUUAUCAUCUUUGCCAACAUCUUUGUCCCUACAGACAUGCAAACCCUGAGGACCACACUGGCCUGUCUAGGUAAAGCCUUCACGUCAGCCUCCUUCACCACCGUUUAUCUGUUCACUGGAGAGCUGUACCCCACUGUCAUCAGGCAGACAGGAAUGGGUUUUGUCUCUACUAUGGCAAGAGCUGGCAGCAUGGCAGCCCCUGCAGUCCUGAUUUUGGAUGAGGUGCUUCCUGUGUUGCCUAGUAUAGUCUAUGGAGGUGCAGCUGUUCUGGCCAGUGGUUUCGCCUGCUUCCUUCCAGAGACUCUCAACAAGCCGUUGCCUGACACAAUUAAGGACACGGAGGAAUAUAGCUCUAGAAAAAACUCCUUCCAGAAGCAGGAGGGCAUGUCAUUGAAGAAAGCCGUGGUCUGUGAUGAUGAUGUAAUACCAGCAGGGGGUGUGGACACAGGAGGCCUCGCUUUAAAAGUAACAAAGAACAAAGAAGAGUGUGGCCUCAGUGCUCUUUGACCAAUCAGAGGAUGCCACAUCACAGAUUCAGAACCAGCAGAGCUGACCUCAAGAACUGGAACUGAACUACAAGAUGAGCCCAAGAUGUUUUUUACAUUUAAAUAAUUUUAAUACAGAUGAUCGAUUAUUCAUAGAUCAACUAUAGAUUUAGCAAAU